CUAAGCGUUUGCUGAGACUUCAAGGUAUAAUCUAUCCCAGAUCCUUUCCCAGAGAGAAACUUCAGUGAUCACGUUUUUCACAUGAUGCUCACGUUUGGUGUUCAAUUAUCCCUCCCCACAAAGAUAGGUGGCGUGUGUCUCAGGGUCUCCACUCACACAACAAGAAAAAAAAUGUCAUUAGGACAAGCGUAACACGUCAGUCCGUCCCCAGGUUUGUGUUUCCUGAAGUGGCAGCAAGAGAUCAGUCCUUCCUAACCUGCCCAGCAGGAAUAACGGUCCUGCUUCUCCCACUCCUCCAUCCAGCAGCUGCCUUCCUCUCCUCUUCCUCUCUGCUGCGCCUUCAUGAUCCUCAGCACCUCAUCCCAACUUCCCACAGGACUUUAAAGAGUCUGCGUGCUGCUGCUGCUGAUACACUGUGGAGUCCAUGAGAACUGGCGUCUGAUCCACUCUUAUCAAUGAAGCAGGAGAUCAUGGCGGAUGGCCCCAGGUGUAAGAGGCGAAAACAAGCCAAUCCAAGGAGGAAACACGGAGGACUUAUUUUACACAUUGACAGAGAUGAGCAGGAUCCACCCCUUCUACCAGAACGACACCCAAAUAUUUAUAGGAGGAAAGACUCACGAAAUAUAUUGACUUAUGACAAUGUCGUAGACACGGGUUCGGAGACAGAUGAAGAUGAUAAGCUUCACAUUGCUGAAGAUGACAGUAUUAUUACCACUUUGGACCAGGAAACCAGCCCGGCCAGUAUUCUCAACCAUGAGUCUUCACCACAUGUAAACCAGGCACUACUGGCCAGAGAUGAAGAGGAAGAUGAUUUGAGGAAUGGAGGGAUAGAUCACAACUGGCACAAUGAUGAUCUUCUGAAAGCUUCAAUAGAUGGUUCUGAUGAAAUGAAGGGAGAAUAUGACUGUUUGAGGCCUGAAGCCACCCAUGCAACCACUAUGAACAACGGUACAGUGAAGAACACAAAUUGCACUUCGGAAUUUGAGGAGUAUUUCGUUAAAAGAAAAAUGGAUGAUAGUGACGGGCAUGGAGUUAGCAUAGCUGAGUACUUGCACCGUAGCGAUACAGCCAUCAUUUACCCAGAAGCCCCUGAGGAACUCUGCCGUUUGGGUACCCCAGAGGCCAAUGGACAGGAGGAGAACGACCUGCCACCUGGAACGCCAGAUGCCUUUGCCCAGCUGCUGACCUGUCCCUAUUGCGACCGAGGCUACAAGCGCUUGACGUCACUAAAGGAGCACAUCAAAUACCGCCAUGAGAAGAACGAGGAGAAUUUUUCCUGCCCUCUCUGUAGCUACACAUUUGCCUACCGCACCCAACUCGAACGGCAUAUGGUGACGCACAAGCCAGGGAGAGAUCAGCACCAAAUGUUGACCCAGGGAGCCAGCAAUCGCAAGUUUAAAUGUACAGAGUGUGGCAAAGCAUUUAAAUAUAAGCACCAUCUGAAAGAACAUCUGCGUAUACACAGCGGGGAGAAGCCAUACGAAUGCCCAAACUGCAAGAAACGCUUCUCCCAUUCGGGUUCCUACAGUUCACACAUUAGCAGCAAGAAAUGCAUUGGUCUAAUCUCUGUGAAUGGGAGGAUGAGAAAUAGCAUGAAGACGGGUUCAUCUCCUAACUCUGUCUCUUCAUCUCCCACCAAUUCAGCCAUAACGCAGCUCCGGCACAAACUGGAGAAUGGUAAACCACUCGGUAUGAUGGAACCUUCAGGUUUACUGAAGAUUAAAACAGAAUCACUAGAUUACAAUGAUUAUAAGCUUCUUCUGGCAGCCACACACGGGUUUAAUGGUCCUAACCCAUUCAUGAAUGGUGGUCUUGGAGCAACCAGCCCCUUGGGACUUCACUCCUCAGCUCAAAGCCCAAUGCAGCACUUAGGUGUAGGGAUGGAAGCAUCGCUACUUGGGUACGCAACCAUGAACAGUAACUUAAGUGAGGUGCAUAAGGUCCUAGAAAUUGUGGACAACACUGUUUCUAGGCAGAAGAUGGAAUGCAAGGCUGAAGAAAUUACAAAGUUGAAGGGCUAUCACAUGAAGGAAACAGGACCUCAAGGAGAGGAACAAGGUGUGACAUCUCCUGGUAUGCCACAAGUGGGUCUUCCAGUAGUAAGUCAUAAUGGUGCCACUAAAAGUAUUAUUGACUAUACAUUAGAGAAGGUUAAUGAAGCCAAAGCUUGUUUACAGAGCUUGACCACGGAUUCAAGAAGACAGUUUAGUAAUAUUAAGAAAGAGAAGUUACGUACAUUGAUAGACCUUGUAAGUGAAGAAAAGAUGUUAGAGAGCCAUAAUAUAUCCACUCCUUUUUCUUGCCAGUUUUGUAAAGAAAGUUUUAACGGCCCCAUUCCUUUACAUCAACAUGAAAGAUACUUGUGUAAAAUGAACGAAGAAAUAAAAGCAGUUCUUCAGCCCAGUGAAAACCUGAUACUUAAUAAACAGGGAAUGUUUGCUGAGAAACAAGCCCUCCUGUUGUCAUCUGUACUUUCCGAGAAAGGAAUGACUAGCCCUAUCAACCCAUACAAGGACCACAUGUCUGUACUUAAAGCUUAUUAUGCUAUGAAUAUGGAACCUAACUCUGAAGAACUACUGAAAAUUUCCAUAGCAGUUGGCCUUCCUCAGGAAUUUGUGAAGGAAUGGUUUGAGCAAAGAAAAUUCUACCAAUAUGCAACUUCCAGGUCGCCGUCUCUAGAAAGGACCAGUGUGGAAGGGGCGCAAGUCACAAUGACUCCCACUAAAGACUCUAUGUCAGCCAGAUCUCCAGUGAAACCUAUGGAUUCUAUUACUUCACCAUCUAUAGCAGAACUUCAUAAUCGGGUAUCUAAUUGUGAUACACCACUCAGGCUUACAAAACCUAGUCAUUUUGCUGGUCUGAAACCAGUUGUUGAUAAAUUGGACCACUCCAGGAGCAAUACUCCAUCACCUUUAAAUCUUUCUUCCACAUCUUCUAAAAACUCCCAUAGUAGUUCUUACACUCCAAACAGUUUUUCCUCAGAGGAGCUUCAAGCUGAGCCUUUGGACUUAUCUGUACCAAGACAAAUGAAGGAAUUGAAAAGUAUUAUCAACACAAAGAACAAAACCAAACCUAAUAACAUCACUAUUGACCAUAACAGUAUUCCUUUAUUAUCAGAGACUGUAGAUGAGCCACUUAAUUUAACAUACAUUAAGAAGGAAUUUUGUCAUUCUAAUAAUCUGGACAAAAGCACUAAUCCACUAUUUGGACUGAAUCCAUUUAGUGGCAAACCUUUGUACACGGCGCUUCCACCACAGAGCGCCUUUCCACCAGCCACUUUUAUGUCUCCGGUGCAGGCGAGCAUCCCUGGUCUACGACACUACCCGGGACUCGAUCAGAUGAGCUUCCUACCACACAUGGCCUAUACAUACCCAACUGGGGCUACGUUUGCAGAUAUGCAGCAGAGGAGGAAAUACCAGCGGAAACAGGGAUUUCAGGGUGAAAUGCUUGAUGGGGUCCCGGAUUACAUGUCAGGUCUAGAUGAUAUGACGGAUUCUGACUCUUGCCUGAGUCGAAAGAAGAUUAAGAAGACAGAAAGUGGCAUGUACGCCUGUGAUUUAUGUGAUAAGACAUUCCAGAAAAGUAGCUCCCUCUUGAGACACAAAUAUGAACACACAGGUAAAAGGCCACACCAGUGUCAAAUUUGUAAAAAAGCAUUUAAACAUAAACACCAUCUAAUAGAACAUUCACGUCUGCACUCCGGUGAGAAGCCAUACCAAUGUGAUAAAUGCGGAAAGCGCUUCUCACAUUCUGGGUCUUACUCACAGCACAUGAAUCACAGGUAUUCCUACUGUAAGAGAGAGGCUGAGGAAAGGGAAGCUGCGGAGAGGGAAGCCAGAGAGAAGGGCCACUUGGAACCCACAGAGCUGCUGAUGAAUCGAGCUUACCUACAGAGUAUAACUCCUCAGGGCUACUCAGACUCAGAGGAAAGAGAAAGUAUGCUGAGAGAUGGGGAGAUGGAAAGAGAGCAUGAUAAGGAAGUUGAGGACGUUUACAAUAAGCUUGGAAGGCAAGAUGGUGAUGAAGAGUUUGAAGAGGAAGAGGAAGAGAGUGAGAAUAAGAGUAUGGACACUGAUCCAGACACGAUCCGAGACGAGGAAGAUAAUGGUGAACACUCAAUGGACGAUAGUUCAGAGGAUGGCAAAAUGGAAAUAAAAUCUGAACACGAAGAAGAAAAUAUGGAGGAUGGCAUGUAAUAAACUACUGCAUUUUUAAGCUUCCGAUUUUUCCUCCAGUAGUCUUGUUACCUGCUUGAAAACUCUGCUGUGUUAAAGCUGUUCAUGCACGUGCCUGAAGCUUCCAGGAAGCCUGUAUAGAUGAACUGAGAUGAGGGUGGGGGGGAAGGGGGGGGGGCAGUUCUGCCAAAAAAAGUCAAAUGAAGUUUGAGGUGGUCGUUGUUGAGAACUGCAUUAUGCAAACUUUUGUACAGUAUUAAAGGCCUAGAAACUGUGUGGUUUCAGAGACUAAACCCUGUGUUUAAUAGCAUUUAUUCUUUAAGCACAAAAUAGUUAAUUGUACGAAUUGCACUCUACUUAUAUAUCACUACAAACUUAAAAAAAAAGAUAUUUCUAAUUUAUAUUAAUACAUAAAAAAGUGCUCGCACUGCUGUACAUCAGUAUUAUCACUUCACUUUAAUUUAAGGUGCUCGCACUGCAAUACACCUGUUCUAGAAUUCCUUUGUAACUUUACUUUGCUAUUAUACAUAAUUUUCUCAGUUUCAUGCUAGACAACCACACAAUUUUAGGCCUAUUUUAUUUUAUUUUUAAUGUGAAGGAACAUGUGUAAAACAAAACAAAACGGAGUCUUAAGAGUGACCUGGAUAUGAAGGAAAAAAGAAAGGUGAAUAUUAAAGAAAGCCUUUGUAAGGUGUUUUUUUUUUUUAAAGAAAAAAAAAAGCCUUAUAUGCAAACCUUUUAAUCUGUGUGUUUCUGCAAGUGCCAUCCUUGUACAGUGUUAAGAAGGUAACGCGAGUUACCAAUGCACCAGCUUCAGUGUUAAGCUUACCCUGUUCUUUGAAGCACCCAUGUCAGUAUUAGAAUAGGCGGCAGUUCCUUAGUUUACAUAUGUUUGUGCAAUUUUUUUUUGUAUUUUUUUGUCCAUUAAUUUUGUCAGUAUUACACCAAACUUUUUUUGCAAGAUAUUUUUUUCCAUUCAUUUAAUUUUAGGUCAAAUAACAUUUUAUUUAUGUGGCUCAUUUUAUAUUUCCUAAUUUUAUUUAUUUCAUACUGUAGUGUACAGUAUAAUAGUUCUUCAAUAUAGAUAUAUUUUAGUAAAAAAGGAACAUGAUGUUGAUCACUUGGGCAAAUUUUACGUAAAGAGAAGAGCAUUUAUUGUGUUUUGGAACAUUAAUUGUGAAAUGCAAUUUUUUCAACUUUAAUUAUUUUAUUUUUGUUUUAUUUUUAUUUUCUUUCCAAUUACUGGAAAUUCCAAAUUUGGGAACUUUUGAUACGAUCUUGUGAAAACACUGUAUUUUCGACUGAAAAAUUCCACUUUCUUCAUCUUGUUUUUUAGCUAAAAAAAAGAGGGACUGUUAAAUACAAUGUAUAAUAUCGUGACAAAAAAAUCUUUCCUGAAUUGUCUUUGUAAAAGUAUUAUUGAAUUUUCAAUUUGUAAUUUCUCUUGAAAAUGACCAUGCUCAAAUAAAAAUGUAGCCAAACUA